UUCUUUCCUUCUUCAUUCGUGGUUCAGUCAUUGGAGAUGAAGGUUGUGCUGGUCGGGCUGCUCACUACACCAGCAGCGGCCGCGUCAGUUGUUUUUCUCUGCCAGUGCAACAGGUGAACAUGUAAAUGGUGCGAAUUAUCGAGAGUGCCAGUUACAAUUUCGGGGGUGGCGCCCACCACCACCGCGAACACAUCAUGUGGGAGGAACUGCGUCCGGGGCUCGUGUUGGUGCCCGAGAAGGUCGGAGGGCUGCUCAGUGGCUUCGCCAAGCAGUUGCAGGACGUCAUUCUCACCUUUUGCCCCACUUCCAAAAGGAAGGCGCGGCGGAAAGACAAAGAGGCGAGCGCCCCUGGUGAGGACCCCAAAUUGUACCUGGAGGAGGCGGUGCUCGAAAGGAAGCACGGAGACCUCGACCUACGCACCCUCGUUGAAUUGCCCGCCGGUCUCGAUUAUAACGAAUGGCUCGCGUCGCACACGAUUGCGUUUUUCGACCAUAUAAACCUGAUCUACGGUACAAUAUCAGAAUUCUGCACUAUGUCUGGCUGUCCUGAUAUGACCGGUCCCGGUCUCAGAACGUAUCUGUGGUUCGACGAGAAGGGCAAAAAGACGAAAGUCGCCGCCCCUCAGUAUAUAGACUACGUGAUGACUUUUACGCAGAAAACUAUUAACGACGAGUCCAUUUUCCCCACCAAAUAUGCUAAUGAAUUUCCAAGUUCGUUUGAGUCGCUGGUGAAGAAGAUCCUGCGGCUGCUGUUCCACGUGGUGGCGCACAUGUACCACAGCCACUUCAAGGAGAUCAUGCUGCUGAAGCUGCACUCGGAGCUCAACAGCGUCUUCACCCACAUCAUCCUGUUCAACGAGCGGUUCCACCUGAUCGAGGAGAAGGAGACCGAAAUUCUGCAGGACCUGGCGACGGCGCUGCGGGUGCACUCGGAGCCGCCCGAGCUGGCCGCCCCGCCACAGCGGCCGGCCAAGGACAACAACAACUGCGUGGACAGUGAAGGUGGCGCGAGAGACGUUAGCGGGGCCGCCCCCGCCCACCCCCAACACCACAGGCACGAGUCGCAGGGCGGGCCGCCCCCGGCAGGCCCCGCCAUCCCGGCCAGUGGCUAGUGCGGCGUUGCAUUGUUCCUCCUCCUCAAUUUCCUACUUCUGCUGCUUGUCGCUCUCAAACAAAGUCGAGUUUUCACAUUCGUAAUUUUUAUUUAAAAAGGGUGGAUGACUUUUGGCAAUUAGAGCGUUUUUUUCUCGACAAUUCCAAAGCCAUUUUUGUUUUUACGGACUUAUUCAAACUUAUUUAAUGAUAAUUACAACAACAAAAAUGUCCAACCCAUUUGAAUAGUAAAAAUCUCGUGGCUUCGGUUUAUUUGAAAUUUGAAAGAGAUUGCAGUGAGUUUUAACGGACACUGCAGUUGGAAGAUUGUGUAUUUUUUAGUCUCAGGAAUUAAGUUUGUAAGUGUUUUUGGCUUCUCCUUUUUUUCAAACCAAGUCCUGGACUCUCACUGCAAAAUCAAGUGGGGCUUUUUGAAGAAGAAAAAAAAUAUUUUGUUUGAUGCGCUCAUCUUUCUGCCUCGUUCCUCAAAGUACGGAUUAUUAUAACCUUAUUUACAUUGAUAGACUGAUGAGAAAUCAACAAUAAGUAGACAAAAAAGAUAAAAAUUGUAAAACUAGGCAAAAGUGACAGAGACAGCAGCCGAUAGGAAACCUGGGUAAAUUGUUACUCUUUAUUGUUGUUGUUGCUGUUGCAUUUGUUAAAGCAAAAAGAGAGAAAAGAAGAUUUUUGACAUAAAGAGAGAGGGAGAGGAUUCGAACGCAAGUGAAACGGAAGCAAAGUAGAAGAUUUAUUUACUGCAAAACAAAAUCUGUACAGAAUAACCUCCUUUGAUGAUUGUAACAAAAAAAAUCACACUGCUAUUACGCAAUUGUAUUUUUGGCGCUGACGCAAGAUGAAAAAUAAUGAAAUGCUGCACUCGAAGCUGGCAUUAGUUUGUACCGCUACUACUACUAAACUCUGAAAGAAAACCACACACUGGAUUUAAAAAUAAUUAAUAAUCAUGAAACAGUCUAAGUCAAUAAUUGUAGUUGAUCUUUAGUUGAAUGGAAGAAAGAAAGGAAGAAAGCAAGUUCAAUUACUUUCUCUGUGUAGCAAGAUGUAAUAUUAUAAUAUUCUCUUCUAAAUUCAGACGAGACCCUUGAGAUGGGAAAGAAAAAUUCAAAUUGACCUAUGCCAUUGAAAAAUGAAUAAUGUAAAGGCGCCUUCGUUGACAAGCAAAGUAUAGUCCUGUUCUUGCUGCGUAACUAACAUUAAUGCAUACAUAGUGAUGUACUUCUCAAAUAGACUGAGGAUUUUAGUUCACUUCUUACAAGAGAAAAGCAAGCGCGAAAUUCCUCAAGAGCACUGCUUUUGUGAGGCCUGUCGAAACGCAAAUUCCUAGCCAGGUGCUGCUCCCAAUCAAUUCUGACCCGAGUAGAGUAAAAAAUACUUAAACUUUAAAAAAAUUAGAUCUCAAAAACUUCUCCAAGUUCCAGCAGCACCUUAGAGCAGCGUAAAUUUUGUUUAAACGUUUCGGUGGGUCCUUUUGAAGGCAUGCGUGUGUAGGCAGAAAAUUAAAAUUUCACUCUAGACUAAAAUGCAAAACACUUUUACACACACACUGAGAGAAGUCUAUAAAAACAUCAGUUUUGGCUAAAAUUGAAAUUGCUCAGCCUUGCCAAAAAUGUUACAUGAUGUCGAAAGAAUUUGGUAGAAAAGAACACUCAGCAUAAUUCAUCUCCUCUCUGACAAAAUCAAUUGGAACUUUUGGUAUUGAAAAACAAUUAGGGAGUGUUUUUGUGUGUCGAAUUUGCUCCCUUUUAGCUUCUUUCGGUCUAAUAUUAAGAAAUUGGCCAAACCACCUAAAAAAUGCAAGCAAGGAGAGUGCAAAAGAGCGUACAUGGGGCAUGUGAUAAUGGUCAGUGAUAAAGAUAAUAUAUAAAUAUAAAAAUAUGAAGUUGUUGUUGUGCAUAUCCGCGAGCGGCCCGAAUUCAAACUCGAGGUGGACGCUUGUGGUGAGAGAUGAAAAUCCUGUAGUCCAUCCUCUUUCCCAGCAUAACACAAUGUGUGUAUUUUACUUCAGCCACUAAAACUUAAAGAAGAAAAUCGACCGACACACCAUGUGUGCCGCUGUAUACAAAACAAUAAUGAUUUUUAACUUAACAAUUAGUGUGAUCAUAAUUGAUGGAGAGUGAGUAGAAGAAUCUUUUUGUUUUUAAUUCGUUCGCGCCCAUUUUUGUGUGUGAAUGCGAGUGUGUAAAUAAUGCAAUUUGAGAUAAAUAAUUUAUUUUAAUUUCUUCGAGCUUCUGGUUUGUCUGUCUGGUGUGCAAGAAGGAAAAGGCAGGAUAAAGUAAUUUUCGCAAAUUGUGCAAAAUCCCUGUAAUUCAAAGACACUUAACUGCAUGCAAAGAUCUCACAGCAAUUUGAAUCGACAAUUAACAAUCGGCUUGCUUGCAUAAUUAUGUUUCCAAGGAAGCAAGUCUUGAUCUAAAAGCGAUGAGAAUUAAUUUUUCCACAAGUCCCAAGUUGCAAAAACUACCUCGUUGCGAACAAAGUUGAAUUUUCGGCACCUUCAAUUAUGAAAACACUUCUUAAUCCACUCACACACACACUUUUGAAACUAAAAAAAGCAUAUCAAGAUCAAGAGUAAAAUACCUAAUCCUUGUUAAUUAAACACGUUUUUCUCAAACUUUUGUCGCAUGUGUAAAAUAAAUUAGCCUGGAAAUUAUAUAACAAAGAGAAAAUAACAAAGCAUAUUUUAGAAGACAAAUAAGCAGUAAAAUUUAAACAUGAGAAAAAAAA